GGCUGUCUCUUUCCCAUCCUCUGUCUGACAGUCUGUACAAUGUGUUAAUCUCUAACCACUUUUAGAAUGUGUAAACUAAAGUGAACUCUUCACUGGAGAGACAGCAUAACAAAAACAAUCAGGAUACGUCUUCCUAAGGAUAUCACCAGCUAGGACAUUUCUCUUCUCUCUCUCUCAUGCAAUGUUGGAAUCAUGCCUUGUCUCUGAAAACUAUUGGAUUUUACCAUUUCUAUGACUAAAAACUCUUCUGAGACCAGGAUCUUCAUGUGCCAGUAGGUGUGAUUGACAAUCCAGACAACAUGGACAGCCUGAAAAGGAACGUAUUGGAACAUAAUGGACGACAGACUCGCCAACACCAGGUCUUACAGAGUACUCCAUUGGACCUGAUCGAGAUGGGCAAGUCACUGAGGUUCCAAGCAGAGCACCCCCACCUGGUCAGUCUGGGUAGUGGCCGUCUCAGCACAGCCGUCACCCUGUUACCCCUGCAGGAAGGGAGGACGACCCUGGGCAGUGGGAACACAGACAUCCCUCUGCAGGGUCCAGGCAUCACUGAUCAACACUGCUAUAUCGACAAUAGGGCAGGCAAUAUCACCCUCAACCCCUGUGGGAACCAUUGCUCCAUGGAUGGUCUCCCCAUCUCCAAGCCUGUACACCUUUCACAAGGGUGCAUGCUGUGUUUUGGUCAGUCAGCCUUUUUCCGCUUCAACCACCCAGAAGAGGCCCUCAGAAUGAAGAGCAUGCUGCCUGGAGGAAGCCAGGGGCCCAGCGCCUACAAGAGCCAUCACACAGACUCCCACACGGUGCUCAAUGGGAACCACCAGCCUGCCCCCCAUGAGAGGACCCGUUCCGGCUCUGGCCCACACCAAGGCCCCCUGACCAGCACCAUAGAGAGGGACCUCCAGGACAUCAUGGACUCUCUGGUGAUGGAUGACCCCCAGUCCUCCGGGAAGCUGGACCACCACCCCAUCCCUCAGUCCCCCCUCUCCCCCAUGCUGAAUGGGGGAGGACGUUACCUGCUCUACCCUCCCACCAGCCCUGGGGCCAUGUCCAUGGGCUCCAGCUAUGAGAACGUCUCCCCGCCCGGCCCCUUCUCCCCGCUCUCCUCACCUCUGUUGGCUGCCAGUAGUGAUGCUUUCCCGGGGCCUGGUACUCCUCCAGUGCCUGCCCGCUCCUCCAGCUACACACUCACCACCCAGACCCCUGUCACCCAGCCACGUACCACCCCUCCUGGGGGCUACAGUGGACCUGCUGAUGUGCAGAGGGUCCCGGAGAGCCCCAGGCCUAUGAGGAGGGCCCUAGCGGAGUCCUUGCCAAGCCCCACUGCUUCCCGUAGAGGUGUGGGUCAGGACAGCCCAGUAGGCAGUUCAGAGACUCCUAGAGCAGUACAUGGACCAUCUCACAUCCCAGUCUCCAGCGCCAGACUAAACUCUAAGUUCUCUGGAUGUCAGGCAUCCAUGGCCCCCUCCAGCCCUAGGGUGAGGGUGGGUGGCUUAGGCUCUCGUCCUCCCAGCCCACAGCACCCCUUCCAGGCCCAGUCCCACACAGACAGCCCUCAGCAGACACGUAGGACCCCAGAGCCCUCUGGACCCUCCAGCCUGAGGGAGCUACCCCCUCCCAGCCCCUCCAUGUCUCGUAGAGGGGCUUCUCCAGCACAGGGCUCCCUCCAGGAUAGGGGGCUGCGAGCCAGGAGUCCCUCUCCCACCUCCGGGGGAGGCAGGCAGCAGAAGGGCAGCCCGGGUAUCGCCAUUACCCCAGCCUUGGGCUCUCUGUCUGGGUCUGGGACAGGAACUGGGCCCUCUCCUCUCACGAGCCCCCAGGGACAGAGGAAGAAGUCUGGUAGUGCUGGGGCCACCAGGGACCCAGCUGGAGCAUCUAGGGACCCCAAGGGGCCUAUACGGCCCCGGACCCGGGAACGCAAGAACAGCAUCUCAGAGAUCAGUGACAACGAGGAUGAGCUGCUGGAGUACCACCGCUGGCAGAGAGAGGAGAGACUCCGCGAGCAGGAGAUGGAGAAGCUGGAGCGACAGAGGUUGGAGACCAUCCUUAGCCUGUGUGCGGAGUACACCAACUCUCCCCAGUGUCUGGGUGGUGAGACAGGGAGUACAACAGGGCACUUCCCUGGACCAGGGGAGGGGGGCGCUAGAGAGAGACCCUGUACAGAGACAGGUGGUGGGGCGACUCAGCGAGGAGGAGUGACUCAGAGGCAGAGAGAGAGUGACGAGGAGAACCAGAGAGAGGAGUCCAGCAGCACAGAGAGCACUCACCAGGAGCAGGAAGACUCAGGGUCAGGGUUAGGUCUGGGUGUGUCAGGGUUAGGAUCAGGAUCAGGUGUGUCUGGGCGUCAGGAGCAGCAGUACCUGGAGGAGGAGAGGACCAGGGUUCUGUCCAGGGUGGAUAAGCUGAAACACAGAGUCACAGAGCUGGAGCAGCAGCUACAGGAGUCCAGACAGGAGGCGGAGAUGGAGAGGGCUCUGCUGCAGGGGGAGAGGCAGGCUGAGCAGGAGCAGGUCGAGGCAGAGACAGAGAUCAUCUCUCAGCUCCAGUCUAAACUCAGCCAGCUGGACAGGGCCACCCAGAGGGAGAAAGACAAGGGGAGGGCUAAUGUGUCUACUGAGCGGCAGCUGCUGGAGAGACUUCAUGAGGGGUACAGUGAGCUGAAGAGCCAGGUUCAUAACUGUCCUGAAUCUCUGAGGGAACAGUUACAGGAGCAGCUACGGAGGGAGGCAGAUGCGCUUGAGGUGGGGACCAAGCAGUUUGAGGACUUGGAGUUCCGUCAACUGGAGAGAGAGAGCGGUCUGGAGGAAGAGAAGGAGACGCUCAGCAGACAGCUGCUCCUGGAAAGGGCCGAGUACCACCGCAGCGUGGCCAAGAGAAAGGAGAAGAUGGCUGCUCUGGAGGUGCAGGCCAACCAGUUAGGGGUGCAGGCAGCUCAGGACUGUGAGAGGAUGGCUAAAGACAGGACCCUGGCCCUGCAGCUGCUUCAUAAAGAGAAGGACAGGCUGUCCACUCUGGAGAAGAGAUACCACACUCUGACAGGAGGACGGAGCUUCCCCAAGCCCUGCAGCACCAUGAAAGAGGAAGUACCAGUGCUGCAUAUUAGCGAACCUGACCUGGUACAGGGGGAGGUUGUCCCUCCUCCACAUCCUCCCUGCCCUCCUCCUGCCUCCUUCUCUUCUUCCUCAUCAUACACCCCCUCCCCUGACCUCUGUCCCACCAGGCCACAGGAGGAGUACCUCAGGCUCGCUGAUGUCUAUAAGAUGUAUGGGAGCGGUGGUCCUCUCCCGACCUACUCUACCUCCCCUGCUCCUCACUGCCUCUCUCUCACUGUUGCUGCAGCAGCUCUGCCCGGCGAGGAAUACGUCACAGUUAGUCAGUUAAGCCAGAUGUUGGGGAUGCAGAAACUUGGCCCCUCCCCCGCACUUUCUAUCCAGUCAUUCCAGCUUGCGCUCGCUGAUGCUGCCUUCUCCUGCCACACAACUCCAUGUGACACCUCCCCCACUAUCUCAGUUGAGAGCCAGCCUGAGUGGAUUAGACCUCACAACCCGGCCCUUAACUUAGAGCGCUGGUACCAGGACAUAAUGUCAGCAGGCGAGCCCCACCACCAGUCAUGCCCUCCCCCUCUCCCUGCUAAGUCUCACUCCUCACGCAGACCUAGCCAGGUGUACCGGUCAAAACCAGAUGGUGAUGUAGGUCAGACAGCAUCACGCUCAAGUAGUGUCAAUGGUACUGCCAGCCCUCCACAGUCCAAUGGGGUUACACUGGGCCGAAGCACACCCAUCAAGGGUCUCCAGCUGGUGUCCAGGGAGCUGUCGGCAUCAGGCCCUCCAGACAUGGUGAUGGACACCAGGAGACAGCUGUCACUGCAGAGCAAAGGCCCUUCUCCCAUGGUCCACCACUCCAUCCUGCACCACCAGACACCCCCCUCAGGGGACCCGCAGUAUGACACCCUCAGCCUGGAGAGCUCUGACAGCGUCGAGACCUCCGUCUCCACCGGCAACAACUCUGCCUGUUCUCCAGAAAGUGGCAGUGGGCUUGAGGCCCUGAGGAUCGAGGAGAUGGAGAAGAUGUUGAAGGAGGCUCAGCAGGAGAAAGCCAGGCUGGUGGAGAGCAGAGUGUGUACAAACAACAUGUCUCCCACCAACACCAAUGGAGCAUAUAACCUACAGAUAAUUAUGGAGAGGGAGGUGCAGGCGCGGAGGCAGAUGUUGGAGGAGGAGCGGAGGAGGCGCGAGGAGGCCGAGAGGAGGUUGCAGGACGAGACGACCCACAGGCAGAGACUGGUGGAGGAGGAGGUGAAGAUGAGAGAGAAGCACUUCUCUCAGGCCCGCCCCAUGACACGCUACCUACCCAUCAGGAAGGAGGAGUUUGACUUGCGUUCGCACGUGGAGUCAUCGGGUCACAACGUAGAUACCUGUCCCUAUGUCAUCCUCUCAGAGAAGAUGUGCAAGGGACACCUGGUCAAGAUGGGUGGCAAGAUCAAGUCGUGGAAGAAACGCUGGUUUGUCUUCGACCGCCUCAAGAGGAACUUCUCCUACUAUGCUGAUAAGCAUGAGUCCAAGCUGAAAGGACUGAUCUACUUUCAGGCUAUAGAGGAAGUGUACUACGAUCACCUGCGCAGUGCCACUAAGAGCCCCAACCCGUCGCUGACCUUCUGUGUGAAGACUCACGACCGGCUCUACUUUAUGGUGGCCCCAUCUCCAGAGGCCAUGAGGAUCUGGAUGGACGUCAUAGUAACCGGGGCGGAGGGAUAUACACAGUUCAUGACCUGAGGGACUGAGCUCUCCGGGUGACAGACCUUCCAACCGGGUUGUGUUUGUUAGGGCAUGUAAUGGAAAAACAUUUUUAAACCAUUUGCAACAGAAAACAAAAAUGUUCGUUUAUUUUUGGACAAGUCCUAGUAGUUCCUCUAUGUUUCAGUCCUUCUUCUUCCGUUUGGUGCCUAAUGAACAUGACCCAGGAGAGAGAGAGACCAUGUGCUUGCUGCUCCCAGAUUUCUGUCUGCAGCGCUGCACUCCACUACUGCUGUUCUUUGAGUCCUUUGUUUAUUUGGCCUUUAUUUAACUGUGCAAGUCAGUUAAUAAGAACAAAUUCUUUUUUCAUUGACUGCCUAGGAACAGUGGGUUAACUGCCUUGUUCAGGGGAAGAACGACAGAUUUUUACUUUGUCAGCUCGGGGAUUCGAUCUUGCAGCCUUUCGGUUACUAGUCCAACGCUCCAACCACUAGGCCUACCUGCCACCCCUCCAACCACUAGGCCUACCUGCCACCCCUGUACCUUUCAGACGUAUAGAUCUCUGUAACUCACAUGGAUAGGACUCACAUGGAUAGGAUGCAAAAUUAUCCAAUAAACAGGUAACUGCAUAAAUUAAAGGAAACGCUUGAGAAAAUUAGUGAUCCCAUCAUGCUUAGGGUCUUGUACAGUAUAAAAAUGCCUGGUUGCCGAUUAUUUUGCUAUGUUGGCUAGAAUAGGAGAUCUCAGUGACUUUGAAAGAGGGCUCUCAAAGGAGCACUGCCUCCCGAGGGGCACAGCAGUCUAAGGCACUAGGUGUGUCACUACAGAUCCUGGUUCGAUUCCAGGCUGUGUCGCAGCCGGCUGCGACCGGAUGACCCUGCGUCAUGGUUCAGCGUUGUCUGGGUUAGGGGAGGGUUGGGCUGGCCGGGAUGUCCUUGUCCCUUGUCUCUCUAGCAACUCCUGUGGUGGGCUGGGCGCAUGCAGUGCGACUUGGCGGGGUCGUGUUUUGGAGGAUGCACAGCUCUCGACUUUCGCCUCUCCCGAGUCCGUACGGGAGUUGCAGCGAUGGGACAAGACUGUAACUACCAAUUGGAUACCAUGAAAUUGGGGGGAAAAAUAAAGAAGCAUAUGGGGUUUAGAGGGUGUGUGUGUGUGUGUGUGUGUGUGUGUGUGUGUGUGUGUGUGUGUGUGUGUGUGUGUGUGUGUGUGUGUGUGUGUGUAAGUCACUCUGGAUAAGAGCGUCUGCUCAAUGACUAAAAUGUAAAUGUAUAUAUAUAUCUCAGUCACCAGAUCUCAACCCAAUUGAACACUUAUGGGAGAUUCUGGAGCGGCGCCUGAGACAGCGUUUUCCACCACCAUCAACAAAACAACAAGUGAUGGAAUUUCUCGUGGAAGAAUGGUGAUGCAUCCCUCCAAUAGAGUUCCAGACACUUGUAGAAUAUAUGCCAAGAUGCAUUAAAGCUGUUCUGGCGGCUCGUGGUGACCCAAUGCCCUAUUAAGACUCUUUAUGUUGGCGUCUCCUUUAUUUUGGCAGUUACCUGUAGCUUUCCAGAGGUAGCCCUGGGUCUCAGACCAGUAAAGAUCAUAAAGGAAGAAAGGUUUUACAUACGAUACUUAAAGGGAUGUGUUUUUACUCACUCUGUUUAUUAUAAUAGUCAGUUUAAGGGCUCUAUUCAAUCCGUAUCGCAGAAGUUCAGCAUUACAGGGUGAUUGAAAUGUAAAGGCAAUGUUCCUGCAUUUAGCGGAGACUACAUUCAUGGUAAACAUGUCGGCUCAGUCUGAAAUUACUUUUACAUUUCUAACGCUUCAGCGACACAGAUUGAAUAGAGCCCCUAAGCGCUGUAUUUAUAUUAUAGAAUUUUAGCCAGACUAGCUAAAUGAGAGUUUAUACUACCUGACUGUCUCUGGAUCUAUAAAGGGAACUUUAUAAAGACAAUAUGAACAUUUGUAAAGGAUCAUUUCCCUUUUUUUGCCAAAUGUGUUUAACAGAGUGUAUGUGCUACUAUAUUGCCUCUGAAAAUAAUUCCUAUUUUAUUGAAUUUGUCUAAUAUUUGAUUAACUAUAAGUCAUCAUAUUAAUGGCAUAUUAUUUAGAUUUCACUCAUUCUGAUGAAAUCUAAAUCUUUGUGCCAGCUAUUGUAUGCUUUAUGUAUGUUUGGUCAGACUGUCAGAAAAAUUGUAUUAGUUUUUUAUAUUAUUUUAAAGACCUUUCAUAUGGAAAAUAACAUAACACAAGCACACCAACAUUUAAAACCAGUCUUCUACACCGCGAACAGGGCGGUACUGACAGUGUUGACACUUUCUCCACAUAAACACUUUUAAAUAAAAUUUGCAAAUGCAUAAUUA